AACUCAUGCAGAUCAGUUAUGUUGUAACAGUUCGACUGUUAGGGAGGAGAUGUUUUUGCAGACAGCGUUCAUUCUUCUCCCUUUCUUGGUGCUGUUCGAAAUAGCCCAAACUGCAUCAUUCUCCGUGGACCCUAGUCAUUUCAACCCGAGGGAGAGCCAGAAGAGAUGCUCCUAUCUGAGGGAUCAUGGCAUGAUGGCAGUCGACUGCUACAAUCUCGACCUCUCUUCAAUACCCCAAGACCUCAGGACUAACAUUGAGAUUCUGCAAGCAACUCGCAACAGGAUACGAGAUCUGUAUAAGGACUCGUUCGCUCGCUAUACAGACAUUAAGUUUCUCUACUUGGAUGAUAACAUGAUCUCCUAUGUAGAGAAUGAGACAUUUGACCCUUUGCAAGACCUAGAAGUCAUCCGUCUGUCACAUAAUGCAUUGGUCAGAAUUCCUUCAGGAGUUCUUCGGCUACCAAAGAUCCGGAAGAUAUUUUUGGAUGGCAACCGAUUGAUUAAUGAAGGUGGUUUUGUAGGUGCUCCUGUCAGUGAGAGUCUGGAGUCACUGACCCUAGCUAAUUGUUAUCUAAAAGAACUUCCUCCUCUGAAGAUGCUCCCCAAUCUCUCGGAGCUCAAUGUAUCUGGAAAUGACGUGAAGAGGAUAUUACCUCAGCAGCUGGCACCUAUGUGUAAACUUCACUGGCUAGAUCUCAGUGGAAACUCACGAUUGUCUGAACGAGGUGAAAGUGGAUGUGACUGCUAUUUGCUGGACUCUUGGAUUAGAAACAAAAAUAUAAUUUUACAGAGAGGCUACAAAUUAAACUGCGAAUCAGACAAAUAUGACUUUUCACACUGCGGAAACAUGACUGAGGCUGAGGAGAUAUAUGACACUUGUAAGUCCCGCGCUGCAGCCAAAGCCCAGGAAGCUAAAGUCCGCAAGACCUGGUAUUUAAUUGGUAUCAUAUUGGCAGCCAUCAUCAUCAUAGUCAUGCUAUGUCUUUUAUAUCUUCACCUACGCAACAAAACAAUACAACAGGAAAAUAAAUUUGCCAUCAACAACAAUACUGAUGGGAAGAGUGUUUCACAAGCAGAUGAAGAGAUUGCAACAGAUGAACUGCUGAAGGAAAUCAAAUGCUGACAUUGUCUUGAAACUGUGUGAGGACAGAACUAGUCACCAGCCAAAGUCAGUUAAUGUUAUUUUACUCUUGUCUGAUUAAUUUAUGUAAUGACAUGUUUCAGUUUUUAACCUAGAAGUGAAAUGGAUGUUAGGUUAGGUUUUUGAAAGAAGUCUCUUAAAGGGGGAUAGUUGUUUUCUUCUCUGUGAAACAUGGUUGUUUAAAGGACAGAAUUGGAUCCUGCCUCUGAAAUUUGGUUCUUAAACAGGACAAUUGAUGCUGUAUGUGUAACAAGAAUCAAAAUGGAGAACUGGUCAUUGUCUUUGAAAUGUGAUUGUUAAAAUGAUGGGAUUGGAUUGCAUCUGUGAAACAUGUUUAUCACAGGAAUAAAUUGAAUGUUUGUAAAAUGUCAUCAAAAUGGUGAAUUGAUUAAUGCCUCUUUGGAACUUGGUUAUUGAAAGGGUAGAAUUGACUCUGUAGUUGUUAAAAUGGAGAAUUGGUCUCUUUGAAACAUGGAUGAGAGGAGAAAAAAAUCAGUCUGUCUGUCAAACAUGAUUAUAAAACGGAAGCAUUGCAUUGUAUGAAACAUGGUUGUAAUAGAACAGGUUUGGAUUUCGUCUGUGUAACAUGGUUCGUUACUAAACAUUCUGUACCUGUUAA